AUCUUCCUACCUUGGCCAUUCGACGACUCUCCGUUCCCAUCCCAUACUUCCGCCCAUCCAGAUUGCAGCUGUCCUGACAUGGUGUCGACUCCGCCCCGCUUCCGGACUUCGCGGCCGAAAUAACCUGCGCAAUGUCGAGCUGGGUCGCAUUGAACAUCGAGCCGGACGAGGCCAUCGAGGAGGAGGUCGACGAUACCAAGGAAAUCCAGAUCGAAGAGGCCCUCAAGCUCUACCAGAAUGCCUUGAAGCUCCACUCCCAAGGCCCCCCGUUCUUCGACGAAGCUGCCGAAGCUUACGAUGCGCUGCUCAACUCGGAGAUAUUCAAGUACCCGGAGUCCCUCUCCGACUACAAAAGGAAUGCACUGCAGGACUCGGAUAUUCAGCUGGCAGGGGAGGAUCUUGCUGGGGAGACUGCUGCGGAGCCACUAGCCGAAUUCGAUAUCAACGAUUCGACGUCCAGCACGUUGUUGCAGACCAUCUACCUUUCCUACAAGAACCACGGACAGUACACCCUGGAUUCUCUGCGGGCAUCCAUCGAAGAUGCCUCGCACUCCGACGAUUCGGCCAAGGAACUAUCGACGACUAUUGCUGAGCGUGCGAACAAAGCUUUAAGCUCUUUUGCCGAAGCUCUGGAGCGGGAUGACACAGACCUCAACCUCUGGAGGCAGAGCGCAAGACUGUGCAGUGCUCUGCAGAGCUAUCGGUUAGCGCGGUACUGUCUGGAAAGUGUACUGGCGGAUGAUGAGAAUCGCUUGGAGGUUCGGAAUGAGCAAUUGGGCUUGGAGGAGACCUUUGCGGAAGAGCAUCUCCGGGAGACACUGUUGUCGUUAGAAGACAAGAUAUCCGCGGCGCAGGUACCGCUGAGGAAGCCGAAGAAAUCUCUGCUCAGGUUCCUCAAGCCCCAGAGUGACCCUUAUCCUUAUCUGCCUGCCCUGCCGAAAAGCUUGGAGAAUGCAGACCCCACAAAGCGCCCUCUUAACUCACAUCUGUCUGGUCAUGAGAUCAAAAUUCCUAUCCUAACAUGGGCCGCUGCUGGAAGAGCCAUUCUUCAAGCCCUCAGCGACAAGGCACAGGCGGAUGGCAUUUCUACCGGUUCCCGAAUCAGCUUCUCCCUACCUGCUCUCAGCCCCGAGAUGAAAGCUAUUUCAACUCGAGAAGUAUCAACCAACGAUCAAUCCUCGAAGUCACACGAAGAGGCUGCAGCCGAAAACAAGAAGGAAGUCAGCAAAUCAGAAGGCGAUAAUCAAAGUCCAACUCAAGCUAGCCAACCUUUAAAAUUGGAAGCCCCCGAAGAACAGACUGAUGAUCAUUCAUCCAUCGACCAGCGGGCAGAAAAGCAGCUGAUGGAGUCACUGGAGGUGCAGUCGUCACAUAGUCCCGAAAUACCGAAUCGACCGGAGCUUCCGAACGCCGAUGAAGUAGAGCCCAAAUCGUCCAGCGCUCCUAGGAAGCGCUCCUCGGCUUCCGCCAUAACUGAAGACCAGGCGGAGCGUAUUAGGGCCAAAAGCAGACGAACACGGCUCAGGGAAUCGAAUGCGGAAGCAUCGCUGCAAGCCGAGGACGUUGCCUUUGAUCAGACCAAGUACUACGAGGAUCAACUAGAAGGUUACACUCAGGCUGAUGAAUGGAUGUUUAACACGGCAAAUUCAUUGUUCUCCAAGAUUGGGGUCGAAGAGCUUGGAGGCAUUGAAGAGCUGCGGAAACACCAUUCACAUCUCAUCGAAGGCAAAGAUUCGGCGGUUUCCGCGGCCCGCGAGAUUGAAUGCUCACUGCAUCAAGAUCUCAUAAGUGCUCUGAAAAGCUGGGAUGAAGGGAAGACCCAGGCAAUCUUACAGGGAGACAAUUUUUCGGCCCUUCAAGACAUUCAAGGCAUGGGUAAAUCCGGACUGGCGAUAUUCCUCGAGCAUUCAAGGAAGUCCGCUCGAAAACUAGGCAUCAAGCAAGUCCUCACUAGGGUUGAAGAACUGAUCCAUCUACUCAAUACCGUCAACGAUGGAAGUUUGAAUAUUCACAAUGUAGCCUUUGAGUGGCUUAAGUGCCUUCUCAUGCCGGAGUACGGACGAUUCGCUGCAGAACAUGUUCCUGAUUCAUCCAGCUUUCCUCUAUUGAAAUCGACAUAUGCGCUAUUCCAAUGGCCCAGCGAGUUGAAGGAGACGGUAGUCCAGGUUCUGCUGAACGAAGACGAGUAUCUCUAUAGAACAUUGUGCCGUCAGGUGGAAGACCUUGAGCGUAAUGUUAUCAGCGCUGCCGUUGGAUCCCAAUUUAACUACACCCUGGACCACUUCGCUCAUCUGGAGAUGAUUGAGACGAUAUUCGAGCUGCAACUCGAUGUUUAUGCAUCUAUCAACAACCCAAACAGUGAGGUGAAUGCCGGGGGACGGAUUAUGCAGCGUGAUCGUCUAGACAGAUGGUGCUCUCUGGCCCGAACUGCUUUGACACAUUUUAUGGAUCACAGUCCCCAAGGAGAUCAUCAAAAAUCCAUGCUUCUACGUCAUAUCUGGACGUCAACAUUCCAUUCGAACAUGACGACUGAUGCCCACCGGGACCAUACCUUGCUUUGUCUCGAGGAACUUCAGCGCUUGCUCGGGUGUCUAGACGAUCCAUUAAUUGGCUUGGUCAAUAAUGCUGUGAUGCCGGAAAUAUCCCUUGAGGCAAUUGAUCAAGAGAUCUCGAAACUGAAGUCCAUGGACUUUUUCCUAAAAAUCUUCAACCCCGAGUCAAAGGAACCCGUGAGUCUCAUUGAAACAAUAGAGCCACUUCUGGAGCCUUCUUCUGUUAAUUUCACCGAGGAGGAUGGCUCAGGAGAACAGCAACUUGUCGGCCCAAACUCGCAGCUUCAUGAAAUGGGCUCGUUCCUGGACCGAGGCGAUGCCACCUUGCGGCUGUUCUUGUGGAGGCGACUUCAGGACGCUUACAAGGAAAUCGAAUAUCCCCCGAAGGUUGUGUCUUGCUACUUCAGGAGUAUCGAAGUUAUCAUGAAGGAGCUCUGGGGUACGGCACAUCUCCAAGAGCCCAGUGAGCACCGCCAAGUGAUCUUGCUUCGAUGGCUCAAAAUGCUCGAGGGAAUUUUGAAUAAGACCGUAACGACGGUUUUGCAAGAGCAAGCCAAGGCAUAUGACUGCUUUGACAUGGAUCAUCUAAAAUCCUCGAUGUGCGCCAUAGCUCGUCUGACAAAACUCCUUCAUGGCCUCGUUUUGUACGAAGAUUCCGUCCGCGUUGGUCAGGUUUCUCGUCCCGAGUUGCGCGGCUCUUUAGCCAAGUCAUUGGAAGGUUUCAAGGACAAGCUUCGCGAAACGUAUGUCCGUUGCUGGAUUUUACAGUACACUCUUCUUAAGGAAACCAUUGCGCAAAAUGCCGAUAUUUUUGAUACACCCCUUGAUGACUGCAUCCACUACCUCCGUGCUGUGCAUAACGCCCUUGGUAUCCGAAAAAUGUGCAAGCGUUCGCACAAGCAAUUCCUGAAACUGAUGAAGUCUGAACUGCUUUCUCUGGAUGAUAAGGAAGACUACGGAUUGGACAUCUGCCAGGUUCUCUACGACAUCCACGGUAUCAAGCUGUCAACGGUUGAUAAUUACUUGCUUGACCAUGGGUGUCCACCCGAGAAGCUCGAUAAAGCCACGGCGGUCAUGAUGAUCGACUUUGUCAUGAAACAAGCCAAGAAGAUGAACAUCAAGGAUUUGUCGAAGUCGGAGCUGAAGUAUACCAUCGAAAAGAUGCAGCAGGCCAUUGGCAACACCAAGUCAUCCCCACCGCUAUCAUAUAACAAGCGCGUAUUAACCGCUUAUCUCAAGUCCCCACUGAAUCCAUCGGAAAUCUUUCGUUCUGUACGGGGAGUGGAAGACCUUGCGUUGAUUCCUCUUUCUAUUGACAGCGCGGUCAUCGCUCGGAAUGGAUGGUACUUUCUGUUAGGAUAUACUGCUCUGACCAAGUUUCGCUCCCAGAAGCGCUUGAAUCCGGUGCCCACCAACGACCUCGAUGAAGCUGUGAGUUGGUUCCGAUCAGACCUGGAACAUGGCACAGCAAGGUGGGAGACGUGGUAUCGACUGGCCCAAACGUAUGACUCGAAACUUGAAGAAGACAUCACUUGGUCCGCCGAAAAGAUCAACAACAAUCGCAUGGAGCUGGUGACGUACCAGCGCUACGCGAUUCAUUGUUAUGCCAUGGCUGUUUCAACUGCCAUUAGAAAUGCGGAACCAACGCCAGAGACGAGGGCGCUCAUGUCUGAGCUCUAUACUGAUUUCGGAAUUCGGCUAUACUCUUCCUCACGAGCGCCCUUGUCCAUGGGGGCCUUCAGCCUCAGUGAUUACACUCGGCAUUAUAACAGAGAAGAAAACCAGCAGAUGUAUGAAGCCCAGCCCUUUAAGGAAAUGAGGCUGUAUUCUGUUUGGAACCUGGCCAGCUAUCUUCUCAAACGUGCGAUUGUCGACAAACCCAAGAGUUGGAUGACUCACUAUAUGUACGCUAAAUGUCUCUGGAAGAUGUUCAGCGCCGACGAUAGCAUUAGAGGGGGAGCCAAGCAGAUCACUCUUGAUGAUUUGUUGGACUCGCUGCUCGAUGCCAUCGACGCACUUCCACAGAAGAAAGACUCGCGCGCAGAGCCUAUUUUCGAGCCUCACUACAAGCUAGUUUCCAUCGUGCAUAAACUGGUCCAAAAGGGCACAUUGACGGCCGCUGAGGGAAGCAAAACCCUGGUGGCCACUCCAUGGGCUCGGAAGGUCCAGCCCCCCGAGGACAAUGCCUCGUGGAAGACAUACAUUCUUGCGGUAGUCCGGAAUUUGCGGCAUGCGGACAAGUCGAAUUGGCACCACCGCAUGGCUGUCAGGGCUGCCCAUAUUAUAUACGAUGAGAGCAAAGAUGACGAUUCUGCCGUCGGAGCCAAGGGCGAGCUCACGCAGCAGAUUUUCACCAAGACCAUGACUAUCCAAGUCUGGAGGCCUGAAUACGAGCGUCCGGGUAGACAUUUUGUCUACACCACGCGAUACGUGUAUUUCUUCGUCGCCCUUCUAGACCAGCUCAACGACCGCGCAAAUCUUGACCAACUGCUGCGUCGAGUGCGGAAGAAGCAAGGCGAUUUCCUCAAUCACACCAAAUUGUGGGAAGACGUCUGCCUCACCUAUGCACGCGUGAUCCGCCGAGCCGGCAACAUCACAGAGGGCCACGAGGAAGGCGUUUUCCGGCCCAUCGGGUGGGAGGAAUUCGUCGUCAACACCGCUCGCCUCGAGAGUCUCCAACAGGUCGCCCCCGAAAGCACCUCCCUUCUCGAGCUACUCCGGGACGCCGUCGAGCUGAAAAAGCUCAACAACAACCUCAUGAAAGUGUCGCUCCUCGAAGACCUCAUCGCCGACCUCUAUUCCCGCUACUACGAAAUCAACAUGCCCCAGGUCCUCGAGCAAGCCAACGAAGAAAACAAGGAGAAAAUGAAAGUCGAUCACCUGCUUAUGGGCAGCGACGGCGCCGCCGACACACCAACACCCCCAACCUCUGCGCCCACAUCCGAAGCCCCUGCCCCUCCGCGCGGUCGCACCAAGGGCAUCGCCCGUCGCGACAUCCAAAAGCGCGCCGAGACCAUCGUCAACCGCAAACUGGCGCCGCGCCUUCCCACCGGCAAAGCGCCCGCCCCUGUCGAAACAGAGCCCGCUUCCCAUCACCAGAUCGACCCAUCCUCAAUCACAUCGGCUCCCCAGCAGACCAAAGACCCUGCGUCUCGCGCUCCAGCCGCCGGCGCAGGAGCACCCGAUGACCCGACCUCCGGCCAGCAGAGCGAUAUCCCGCACAGCGUGCAUGACAGCGCCGACGACGAAAGCGAGCUCAGCGAGAUGGACGACGAGAAGCUGUCCAAGCUCGCGGAGGACCGCAAACUCAUGUUCCCCAACCUGCAGGAGGACCCGGAAUCGGAGAUGUCCGCGCUCGAAGGCGACGUCGACGGCGACAUCACCAUUGAGCCGGUCGGGGAGACAGAAGGCGAUACCUACCUUGGUGAAGGGGAGGGCGAGACGAUGAUUGAAGAAGGCGAAGAAGGCGUUGACGACGUCGAAGGCGAAGGUGAAGGCGAAGGCGAGGGCGAGGGUGAAGGUGAGGGCGAGGGAGAAGGCGAAGGCGAAGGAGACGAAGAACCCGAAGCCGACGAAGAAGGAACCGCAGAUGUCGACAUGGAGGGCGACGGCGAGGGUGAAGGCGAAGGCGAAGGCGAAGGUGAGAACGACCUCGAAGGCGAGGACGACGACGAAGAAAGGGAAGGCGACGAUACCGUCGACAUGGCUGAAAUGGACGGCGUCGAGCCCGAGCCCGAGCCCGAACCCGAACAGCCUGAUGCGAGCGAACUUGUCUCGGAGGCUGAGCCCAUGGAUGUCUGAUUUUUCAACCCGAGGAUACUGGGGUAUCGAUAUUAUUUGCUUUCGUUCUCAUUUUCCUUUUCAUGCUAUCUAUGGCUCCAGGGUGGGGGUGUUCUUUUCAGGCGCGAAAAAGAAAAGUCGGCGUUCAGGCGAUUAGGAUGUAUGGGGACACGCAAAGGAGUCUAUCCAUAUAGGAUCAAACGAUUAAUUAAAGAAUCCAUUACAGAAUCAAAGG